CCCCAUUCUCUCUCCCCAUUUCCUGGGGGUGUCCAGGGAAGACAAUCAGCAUCAUUCUGCUCCAGUUACAAAGUCUCCAAGGACCCUCCUGGACUCAUUCUCCCCAGAGCCCUGGAUGUGGGUGUGAUGCCCCUCACCCUCCUGCUGCUGCUCUGGGGGCCCCUGGCCCUGAUGGAGACCCGGGCGGGUUCCCACUCCCUAAGGAUUUUCUACACCGCGAUGACCCGGCCCGGGCUCGGGGAGCCCCGCUACAUCGCCGUGGGCUACGUGGACGACACACAGUUCGGGCGGUUCGACAGCGACUCCCCGGGCCAGAGUGCGGAGCCGCGGGCGCCCUGGGCGGGGCAGGUGGGGCAGGAGGCCCUGGACCAGGAGACUCUGAUCCAAAGGAACAACGCACAGUGGUUCCAAACGCUCCUGAGGGACCUGCGCGGCCGCUACAACCAGAGCAAGGACGGGUCUCACACCCUCCAGAGGAUGUUUGGCUGUGAAGUGGGGCCAGACCUGCGUCUCCUCGGCGGGUAUGAAAAGUUCGCCUACGACGGCGCGGAUUUCAUCUCCCUGAGCGAGGACCUGCGCUCCUGGACCCCCGCGGACUCGGUGGCUCAGAUUACCCAGCGCGAGUGGGAGGCGCAGGGGAGGGCCGAGCGUGUCAGGAUGAGUGUGCAGAGCAGGUGCUUCCCGUGGCUCCUCAGAUUCCUGAUUUUGGGGCAGGAGGUGCUGCAGCGCACAGAUCCCCCAAAGACACAAGUGACCCACCACCCCACCUCUGAGAAUGAGGUCACCCUGAGGUGCUGGGCCCUGGGCUUCUACCCUGCGGACAUCACCCUGACCUGGCAGCGAGAUGGGGAGAACCUGACCCAGGCCACGGAGCUGGUGGAGACCAGGCCUGGGGGCGAUGGAACCUUCCAGAAAUGGGCGGCUGUGGUGGUGCCUUCUGGAGAGGAGCAGAGAUACACGUGCCAUGUGCAGCAUGAGGGACUACUGGAGCCCUGAGACCUGAGAUGGGGGGGACAGGCACAGGCAAUCAGCUACACUCAGGCUGCAGGUGUUGCUCCGAGGGAACAAUGCUCCCCAGAUACGCCAGCUCGCCUGAGAUGUCAGCACAGUGGACGGUCUGCCUGGACCCUGCACACCAGCUCAGAUUGACCCUGCAGACUCCGACCAAACACCGUGACCUGCUGCAGCCCUGCUCCAACCACAGCCCGGAAGGGGGUUGGCCUGAGCACGGCGGGAGCUCGAGAAGCAUCACAGGCGGAAUGCUUAUGGGCUGCUGGGUUUGGACCCCAGUGUUGGCUGCUUCUCUUGUUUCUCUUGGUGGGACAACAUCACCACACUGUGCCUUGAUCGCGCCUGUCCUGGGUCCACUGGUCUCCGUCUUGUGAUGCUUGCUUUUGGGCCGUGUCUUUAAUCUGGCCACUCAAUUUUUCCAGUUCUGUUUGGAAGCUACUAAACUCCAAAUGUUAGUUGGACAAUAUGAGCCCUUAGGCUCCUUUCCUGCUGCUUGCUAUGGGUCCAUACCUUGGUAUGGCCUAGCAUAUAUUAGGGGUAUCAAAGGGAGGCAAAUGAAACAAAGUUUCCCAAGCCUGCUGCUUGGGGGCAUCUACCGCUUUUUUUCUGCUGCUUGCUGAAGCCAAGAAGUUGCUGGGUGUACUGCACUGCUUGUCGGUGAUGUUAGCUGUGACUCCCUUGAAGCCCUUUCCCGAACAAUAAAGAAUA